GGGGGCCGGGGGUGGGCGAGUGCCAAGGGAGGAGGAGGAGGAGGAGGAGGCGGCAGGACGGGACGCGGGCACGGGCAGCAGCCGCCCGCGCUCCCGCAGCACCGGCAGCGCCCCGCAGGUUUGGGGGGACCCCCGGACCCCCCAGAAAAAGCGGCCAUGGGCAUCCAGGGCAUGGAGCUGUGCGCCGUGGCCGUGGUCAUCCUCCUCUUCAUCGCCGUGCUGAAGCAGUUCGGCAUCCUGGAGCCCAUCUCCGUGGAAGGUACCCCCCCCCCGGCCUCAAUUAACGCCAAUUACUCCUACGCCCACUUCUUGUUCGACGCCUUCGACGCGGACCGCAACGGGGCUCUGUGCUUCCAGGAUUUCGCCGUGGGGCUCUCGGUGCUGCUGCGGGGGACGGAGCAGCAGAAGCUGAAGUGGACGUUUGACCUCUACGACGUGAACAAGGACGGCCACAUCAGCAAGGAGGUGACACUGGGGGACACUGGGGGGCUGGCAGGGCGGGGACAGCCGGGCGGGGACCUGCCAGCGCCCUGUGUCCCGCAGGACAUGCUGGAGAUCAUGAAGUCCAUCUAUGCCAUGAUGGGCCGCUGCACCGAGCCCGCGCUGGGUGCCAGCGCGCCGGCCCAGCACGUGGAGCUCUUCUUCCAGAAGAUGGACAGGAACAGGGACGGCGUGGUGACCUUCGAGGAGUUCCUGGCCACGUGCCAGGAGGACAAGGACAUCAUGAGCUCCAUGCAGAUCUUCCACAACGUGCUCUAGACCCUGCUCCCCCCGGAGCUUUCCUACUGUUCCAGGCA